AUGUUUCGCAAAGCCACAAAAGUCGCUGCACGUCAGCACAUCACUCGAUGCGCGCACCGUACACUUCGCUCAAACCUCUUCAACAAGGAAACAGUCUUUGACAAGGAACUCGAAGAAGAAUUUGGCUGGAUGACAACUUACUCGCCCUUCGACCCUUGUUCGUACCGUCCGAUUUCCCUCCCAGUGCAAAAUAGCAUGGUCAUACAGAUGCCUACAGCAUUACUGGGGUUCAAGACGUCGGAGACAGAGAACGGCGUGGACGCUGUGAAAGAGACGAAGAAGGGAGAAGCGAUUUUCAAACCAUGGCCGUAUUCCCUUCCUUCGUUUCUCCAACCCAAGAAUGGCACAACGUUUUCGCUUGUUAACGGCAGUUCGACCACUCAUACCAAGCACACAGGCGUCCUCCAGGCUAUUUUGUACGGUGUCCCAGAUCCAGAGCGCUUCUCUUACAAGCGAGAAUUGGUGGCUCCAGGUAGCCUUCUGCAUAAGAUCCUGUAUGGAAUCAAGGAGAUGGAUGAUGGAGAGGAUGUUGUUCCUGUUUCUAGUGUCACAUUUGCCAAGAUUGAAGAUGAGGCUAUGGGUGAAGACAAGGCAGGAACGGAAGCGAAGAUCAUAGUGGUAAAGAACUUGGGUGUCAAAGUCGAGGUGGAGCAUGUGAUGAAGAAAAGUGAUAUGAGACAUGGCAUGAUAGCCAAGUAG